AUGCCUCCUAAACGCAAAAGUUCUGGGACUGCUCCCCCGCCAAAGAAAAGGGGCAAAAAUACCACCGAUGCCCCACCUGAGUCAUCAGCCUCUGGACCUGCGCCGCCAGAGGAGCCCGGAAAUGUUGACGAGCAGGCCUGGGAACGUCUAUACGAGUCACGUUCCAUAGGCAGAAAGUAUCGCUGGUCCGAGGUAUCAGGCUCGAAGAAUCUGGACGAGAAUUAUUUCAUCACGACCAAGAACCCAACCGAAGCCUAUGAGUUCGUAUGUCAGUGCAAUCCCGUAAAAAAAUAUGACGAUGACGAGGAUGACGACGAGGAUGAUGAAGAUGAUGAGGAGAACCCAGGCGAUGGCGAAGAGGGACAAGCUGCCGAAGCGGCUAAGAAGUGUGAUGAAGGAAAAACAUGCUCAUGCGGGAAAACGGCCGCUUCUCUACCCUCCCAUCCCUACACAUUGACCAGGGCUGGUAUAGCCAAGUACCAUAACGCACAGCAUAUGAUAGAUCUUCGCAAUCCCGACGCGUUCAGCAUGUACACCUUCAAUGACCACAUGGCCUACGGCUCCCUCGAAGUUGUCCAAAACCUCCUUUUGGACUUCGAAGAAGCCCGUCACGACAAAAUGUGGCGCGAGGCGUGGGCUGUCACAGAAGCCAUGGCGCUUUUCAUGGUGAUCGGCGCCGGUGGUGAUAUGUGCAUGGCCGACGAUGGGGAUAUGAUACAAGCAACCGCGCACCAGAUAAUGAGAAUGGCCCUCACAUCGCUGGCGAUUCUCGAGUCUGAGGGCAAGCUCACUGAGGCAUCGAGCGUGAAGAAUAUUGGUUGGAUCAUUGGGCUAUACCUGAAGAUGACAGACCUCUUUCGAGACAUGGGGUUAGCAGAAGAGGAGCCUCAGCCUUCCAAGGCGAAAGCAUUCAAAUUCCGAUAUGGGAAUUUCGAACUCUACCUACGAGUUUACGCACGCCGUUGUAACGUCACCAUUCCUGACGAGUCUUCGUCGCCUUCAGACACUGAUCUUACGAUGCCCAAAGAGAGCGCCAAGGACCCUUGGAGCUGGACAAGAAGUUUUUCCGAAUACCAAGGGUGUUUUGCGCCAUAUUAUGCCUAUCGCGGCGCGCACCGAAGAAAGGUCGGUGGUGAUGGAUUAGAUAUCACAACAUGGACUUCAGCUGAGAGAAAGGCUGCCAGCUUUGAUAAGAAGGAUCCGUUGAAUAAGACCGCUAUAAAGAAUCUCAAGGAAGGCAAUGUCCUUGUUCUCGCUUAA